AUGAAUGUAUACAUGGACCACCAAAAUGAACCUAAUCUUGACUGGGCUGACAAGGAGGUGUUAAUAGGUGAUAAAGUACCUGAAUUGGAUGAAGAUGAUGAGCCAAACUCACAUAUUUCAGAUAUCAUGACAUAUGAACAUGAACCUGAUGAAGAGGUGCAUACUUUUGAGAAAACUCUUGGUGAUGAAUUUUUGAACAAGUUGUCAGGUAAACCCAUUCCUAAUACUAAUGAAGAAGUAAAUGAUGAUGAUGAAGCCAAUGAUGAAGUUGAUGAGGCUGUGUUCCUUGUCCAUGAUGAGAAUCAAGAAUAA